AUGAUAGCAGCACAACUCCUGGCCUACUUUUUUGCAGAGCUGAAGGAUGACCAUGCCAAAAAGAUUGAUAAGUACCUGUACUCCAUGCGAUUCUCGGAUGAGACCCUCAUGGACAUCAUGGGGCGUUUCAGACAGGAAAUGAAGGCUGGCUUGGGACGCGACACCAACCCCACUGCCACUGUGAAGAUGUUGCCCACCUUCGUCAGGUCCAUACCUGAUGGAUCAGAAAAGGGGGAUUUCUUAGCUCUGGAUCUGGGGGGAUCCAACUUCCGCAUCCUGCGUGUGAAGGUGUCCCAUGAGAAGAGACAGACGGUGCAGAUGGAGAGUCAGAUCUACGAGACCCCGGAGGACAUUAUCCAUGGCAGCGGCACACGGCUUUUUGACCAUGUGGCAGAAUGCCUGGGGGACUUCAUGGACAAACAUAACAUCAAAGAUAAGAAGCUUCCUAUUGGAUUCACUUUCUCCUUCCCCUGCGUGCAAACCAAACUGGAUGAGGCUGUUUUGCUAACCUGGACGAAACGCUUCAAAGCCAGUGGAGUGGAGGGCAUGGAUGUGGUGAAGCUUCUGAACAAGGCCAUUAAAAAAAGAGGGGACUACGAGGCAGAAAUCAUGGCUGUGGUCAACGACACAGUCGGAACCAUGAUGACCUGCGGAUUCGAUGACCAACGUUGUGAAGUCGGUAUCAUCAUAGGCACGGGUACGAACGCCUGCUACAUGGAGGAGCUGAGACACAUCGACCUGGUGGAGGGAGAUGAAGGCAGGAUGUGUAUCAACACGGAGUGGGGAGCAUUCGGGGACGACGGCUCCCUAGAAGAUAUUCGCACUGAGUUUGACAGAGAGAUCGACAGGGGCUCCCUAAACCCUGGGAAACAUCUGUUUGAGAAGAUGGUGAGUGGGAUGUACAUGGGUGAACUGGUGCGGCUCAUUCUGGUGAAGAUGGCUAAAGAGGGGCUGCUGUUUGAUGGCCGAAUCACUGCUGAGCUUCUCACCAGAGGCACAUUUGACACAAAGCACGUCUCUGCUAUCGAGAAGAACAAGGAGGGCCUAACAAAAGCGAAAGAGAUCCUGACCCGCCUGGGUGUGGAGCCGUCACAUGAUGACUGCAUCGCCGUGCAGCAUGUCUGCGCCAUCGUCUCCCACCGCUCGGCCAACCUCAUCAGCGCCACCCUGGGGGCCAUCCUCACACAACUAAAGGAGAACAAAGGCCCGCAGCGUCUACGCACCACCGUGGGAAUCGACGGAUCCCUCUACAAGAUGCACCCACAGUACGCUCGACGUCUGCACAAGACCGUGCGCCGGCUGGUUCCCGAUUCGGACAUUCGCUUCCUUCUGUCAGAGAGCGGCAGCGGCAAGGGUGCUGCCAUGGUGACAGCGGUAGCCUACCGACUUGCCGAGCAGUCCCGUCAGAUUGCACAGACGCUGGCUGAGUUCCAGCUCACCAAAGAGCAGCUGCUGGAGGUGAAGAGCAGGAUGAGGAUGGAGAUUGAGAAUGGCCUGCGCAAGGCCACUCAUCACGAUGCCACCGUUAAGAUGCUGCCCACCUUCGUUUGCAGCACACCUGACGGAACAGAAAAUGGAGACUUCCUGGCCCUGGAUCUGGGAGGGACAAACUUCAGGGUGCUGCUGGUGAAGAUUCGCAGUGGCAAGAAACGAUCAGUGGAGAUGCACAAUAAAAUCUACGCCAUUCCCAUUGAGAUCAUGCAGGGGACGGGUGAGGAGCUCUUUGACCACAUUGUUCACUGCAUCUCUGACUUCCUGGAUUACAUGGGCAUGAAGAACACCCGUCUGCCCCUGGGGUUCACAUUCUCUUUCCCAUGCAAGCAGACCAGCCUGGACGCGGGCAUCCUUCUCACCUGGACUAAAGGAUUCAAGGCCACUGACUGUGAGGGAGAGGAUGUGGUGGGUCUGCUCCGAGAGGGAAUCAAGAGAAGAGAGGAGUUUGACCUGGACGUGGUGGCUGUGGUGAAUGACACUGUUGGGACCAUGAUGACAUGCGCGUAUGAGGAGCCCACCUGUGAGAUAGGCCUGAUCGCAGGAACGGGCAGCAAUGCAUGCUACAUGGAAGAGAUGCGAAAUGUUGAGAUGGUGGAUGGGGAUGAGGGCCGCAUGUGUGUUAACAUGGAGUGGGGAGCCUUCGGAGACAACGGCUGUCUGGAUGACAUCAGGACGCAGUACGAUGUGGCUGUGGAUGAGCUCUCUCUGAAUGCUGGGAAACAGAGGUAUGAGAAGAUGUGCAGUGGGAUGUACCUGGGAGAGAUCGUGCGGAACAUCUUGAUCGACCUGACCAAGCGCGGCUUCCUCUUCAGGGGCCAGAUCUCUGAGACGCUGAAGACCCGUGGAAUCUUUGAGACCAAGUUCCUCUCCCAGAUUGAGAGUGACCGACUGGCACUGCUGCAGGUGAGGUCCAUCCUGCAGCACCUGGGUCUAGACAGCACCUGUGAUGACAGUAUAAUCGUGAAGGAGGUGUGCGGCACCGUGUCUCGCCGUGCUGCACAGAUCUGCGGGGCUGGCAUGGCUGCCGUCGUCGACAAGAUUCGUGAGAACCGCGGGCUGGACCACCUGGACAUCACCGUGGGGGUGGACGGCACGCUGUACAAACUGCACCCACACUUCUCAGGGAUCAUGCACCAGACUGUGAAAGAGCUAGCACCAAAUUGCAACGUCAACUUCCUGCUGUCAGAGGACGGGAGUGGGAAGGGGGCAGCACUGAUCACUGCGGUGGGUUGUCGCCUACGGCAACAGGAACAACAGUGACCGGCAGUUUCCCAGAGCACACUGCUCUCUCCCUGAGUGUUACUCUCCCGCCACAGCCAGGCCAGCCUACUCCAGCAUUUCCCAUUCUAACACACACACAGCCACUCCUACAGGCACACACAGUACAGGAAGGUCUGGAUAUUCCAGAAUUUUCUCCAUUCUCUGUGUAUGCCUUCCUCUCACCACAGCACAGCUUACAUCACUCACCUGUAUUAUAGCUGCUGUUCCAGGGAUAACCCUUGAUUAAUGUAUUUAAAGAUCUUUUAACACGGCUGUAACUAUUCUUAUAGAUGUACAUUAGAGAAUAAAGGGAAGACAUUUAUAUGAGAAGCUUAGAACUUGCAAUCAUGUACCUAUUAUUUAUUUUAUUUUUGUACUUGAGGAUUGGGGCUGAUUGCACGCACAACACGGGAAGCACAAGAAUAAAUUACUGUAGCUAGCAAGCGGGUGGGGCACUUGGUGGGGCACUUGCAAUGGCGUUGCUUACGAGGUCAGAUGCAGCGCAUCACGGCUGCUCUCCCAGCCAUCACUGUGCUUACCCAGCUCUCAUUAGGCACUGCUGACAACCGUGACAUUUCAAUAAGGUUAAAAUUACACCUCCAUCAAAUCUUCUGCCAUUACAACCCUCCCCUGUCUUAAAAAAUAAGAGCCCAAUGAUGAAGCGAGCAGAAGCGUGUGCUGGUUUUAUGGGACCCCUGUGUGCACGAUGAAGUUGAAUAAAUGUGUAUGGGGAGUGAAAGGGAGUACACUCUCAUGCUGCUUUGCGUGUCCUGUGGAUGAAUGAGGACUGUCUGCGCCUGCUGCAGUAGCACAACCUGUAACUUUAUCUGCUGAACAACCAUGUGAUCAAGGCAUGCCCUAUUCCGAGACACAGCAGUUCGGGACCAGUUUGUUUUGUAUACUGCAACAGAUGCAUUAGUGUUCCUGAAACCAGUGUAACAGAAUAAAUGAAAUUUUAUUUUGACGUGAA